AUUGCUUUUUCCCACCCAAAAGCAACCGCCAAAAUUUCGAUCCAUAUUCAAAAACCUUCACAAAAACGCAAUAAAUUUCCUCUCUUCACUGUUUACGCACACAACAUUCCUGCUGUUUUCUCUAAUUUCUCAGAGCUUAAGCUGCAUUGAGAUUAAAAUGGCUGGAAAAGGCGGAAAGGGGCUUGUGGCAGGGAAGACAAUGGCAGCUGCAGCAGCCAACAAGGAUAAGGACAAGAAGCGGCCUGUUUCCCGGUCAGCUCGUGCUGGCCUCCAGUUUCCCGUGGGAAGGAUUCAUCGCCACCUCAAGUCGAGAACCAAUGCCAACGGAAGAGUUGGAGCCACAGCAGCUGUCUACUCCGCUGCAAUUCUCGAGUAUCUGACUGCUGAAGUGCUCGAGCUGGCUGGGAAUGCCAGCAAAGAUCUAAAAGUGAAGAGGAUAACGCCAAGGCACUUGCAGCUGGCGAUCCGGGGAGAUGAGGAGCUCGACACCCUCAUCAAAGGAACCAUAGCCGGUGGUGGUGUGAUUCCCCACAUUCACAAAUCCCUCAUCAACAAAGCCACCAAGGAAUGAGGAUUACUGCCCCAGAUCGAUUUAAUUUGAUCCAUAGUGAUGCGUUUGUGACAUUGCUUCUAUUUGAUUUAGAUUUGUAUGCUAGGAAUUAGAUUUCAGUCGUAAUUAUGAACAACCAUUUGAACUGUUUGAUCGUUUGAUGUAGUUUGUUUCUAACGUUAUGUUUGAUGAAGUACCUGUCUUUUUAGUUUGCUAUAUGCAAUUUGAAUCAUGCUGAUUGCUGAUGGUUCUAUUGUUA